GUAACUACAAUUUUGCCGUAAGAGGGUGUGCGUUCGCUCUCGCUCGGCUUCCGACGAUCCUCUCUUCAUGCUAGGAACAGCAACAGCAGCAGCAACAACGACAAGACCAAUUGUUACUAGCCUAGUUUAGAGGCCUAGUUUGUAUAGUAGCAUCUCAAGUUGAAGUGGAUGGUUAUCCUUAAAUGUUUGUCCUUGCUGAGAUGGUGGACACAGUCCGCAUACAACCUUGGAUGUUCAACACUAAGCUAGACACUGCAGUAUCUGAAGUUCUCAAUAAGAAACUAGCCAAUAAGGUUGUACACGACGUUGGUCUCUGCAUUGCUCUUCAUGAUGUAACUAAGCUGGAAGAAUCAUUUAUAUUCCCCGGAGAUGGAGCAUCACAUACUAAGGUUCAUUUCCGCUACGUGGUGUUUCAUCCGUUCAUGGAUGAAAUCCUGAUUGGCAAGAUUCGCAGUUGUAGUAAUGAAGGCGUCCACGUAUCUCUUGGGUUCUUUGACGACAUCUUAAUUUCGCCUGAUGCUUUGCAGCAGCCGUCCAAGUUUGAUGAGGCUGAGCAGGUGUGGGUGUGGGAGUAUGAAACAGAUGAGGGAACACAUGAUCUCUUCAUGGAUGCUGGAGAAGAGAUCCGUUUCCGGGUAAUCAACGAGACGUUUGUGGAUACUACGCCUGUUGGACCGGAAGAUGGUCACGAUCACAAUAUUGAUGACAAGGAAUCUGAUGCAAAGAAGUCUCCUUAUUCACUCACUGGAUCAAUUUCUGAGCCAGGAUUAGGACUACUAACAUGGUGGAAUGCUUGAACAAGAGAAUACAUAUUUCAGAUAAAACUAGUUCAGUGGACAAGUGGUUUCACAGAUAUUUGCAAUGACUAUAAAAGAUGUUCAGCACCAUCUUGUAGUGUCAUGAAGUGAAGUGACUGAUGUGGCUCUCUCUCUCACUUCGUAGCAUAUUAUUAUUAUUUUGACAUUCUUAUAUGGCAGUCUACAAGGAACAGAGUGCCUUACAAAGCUUCAAAAAGAAAAAACAAGCAAGUGAAGACCUAAUAACAAAUAGCUCUACUCAGAGAAAAGAAACGUUAAGACGAGGUUUGAGUAGAGGUGCCAGCUCGCAAAUCAACGGGAAGUGCUUUGAAGAUACGGGGAGCGGCAAUAGAAAAGGUCCUAUCCCUAGCUUUCUUCCUCAAUCUUGAAACAAAAAGCCGGGUAGAGUCUUUAGAGGAAUAGAGUGGACACCUGUCCAGUUAUUAGUCCAAACCAAGCUACCGAACCAAAACCAAAUUGUUCUUAGAGAUAAAAGCCUUCAAAGGUGAUUGGAACCUGGUGCAGAAAAGGUUCAACUGGGAUUAGAAUUUUUUGGUCAAACUAACCAUGUACCUUAACAUCUGACCAAUAAAAAAGGGGCCAGUAAUAUUCGCACAUCCAACUAAAACAUACAUUUAAGCAUGGAUUUUGUAGCAACAAGGGGCAGGCCUUAGUGUAAGGUCAGAUAUGUCAAUGCAGCCGACAGAAGGGUUAAAAACACUUUUGCAAGCAUGCAUCUUGAAGAUUCGCAUCAGCUGAAAUGCAUUCCAAAUCUGAAAUAGCCACUGCUAUUUAGUUCCUUAAAAUUAUUACAAAUAAAAAAUAAAAAUAUCUUUUCAGUAUAGUUUAUUUACAUAAGAUGUAGACGUUAUCCAAUAAUAAGGGACUAUCCAAUAAAAAUAUAGACUAAGGGACUGCUUGCAGUGACGUAAUCAAAACUAUUCACUUGUAGGGUGGUAAACAUAAACAGUGAUAAUUACAAUAAACAUAUAUUGAUGGUAUUUUAAGUUACAAAAUGAAGAUAAUUUUGAACAGUAGGAUUCAAUGGCAGCGUACAUGUUUAUUCGGUUAACCAGUUAUAAAGCAUGAACAAUUGAUAGGCUUAGGUCUAUUAUGCCAAAACUGUAUAUUUGUUCAGCAAAUAGACCAAUCUUAGUUUUUUCUCUCAUUCUUUUCAGAAGGUUCCAGUUAAAUACUAUAAUUUAAGAUGUCAUUAUUCUUAUACGAUCGACUAGGUUAUACCAAUAAUACAUUAUUAUAUUCAUUUUUUGUAGAGAUACAUGGACAAUAAAGUAAAUUGAUACUGAUAUUUUUGGAGA